GAGUUAGUUGUUUGGUGGAAAGCAAAGCUGAAGCAAAGCCGUCGGAGAGACGAGGAUACGACACAAAUAAAAUCAGCUUUCUGAGGAAGAAAAAAACCGCCUUCCUUCUGUAAGAGACGGUUUGGCUGCCAGGAAGUAGUAACUAACUUGUGUGAUGAAGCAGCGGUAGUGACAGUUGCGCUCACACCGACGCCUUGCUCCAUCAGCUCCAUCAUCUCCAUCAGCUCCACCAUCUCCAUCCUCCGGUCUUUGUCCAGCGACUACGAGACUCCAGCAUGCCGAAGGAGGAGGACCGCCUCAAGGGUGGAGGAGAGCAGGAGCCCAAGGGUGAGGGGACGCAGGAUGUCCCUGAAGAGACAGUGAGGAAGAGGGUGAGGGGGAACACCCCGAGCCCCCACAGAGGGAGCACCCCACAAGCCAGCCCCCCCAGGUUUGUCUCUGUGGAAGAGCUGAUGGAGACGGCUAAAGGAGUCACCAACAUGGCUUUGGCUCAUGAAAUAAUCAUCAACCAGGCUUUUCAAGUCAAACCCACAGAACCUCCUGAAGGAAGUUUGGAGCGCAAGGUGAAGGAGAUCAUGCACAGAGCAUUCUGGGAUUGCUUGGAAGCUCAGCUGAAGGAGGAUCCACCAACAUACGGGAAUGCCAUCAAGCUUCUGGCAGAGAUAAAAGAGACACUGCUGUCUUUCCUGCUGCCGGGCCAUGGUCGCCUGCGGUCCUGCAUUGAUGAGGUUCUGGAUCUGCCUCUGAUCCAGCAGCAGGCUGAAAACGGAGCUCUGGACAUCGGCCGGCUGUCCCAGUUCAUCGUUGGGAUGAUGGGCUCUCUGUGUGCCCCCAGCAGGGACCAGGACGUUAAUAAGCUGAAGGAGAUCACCGAUAUUGUACCGCUGCUGAAGGCCAUCUUCUCUGUGCUGGACCUGAUGAAGGUGGACAUGGCCAACUUUGCCCUGAGCAGCAUCAGGCCUCAUUUGAUGCAGCAGUCAGUUGAGUAUGAGAGGAACAAGUUCCAGGACUUCUUGGAGAAGCAGCCCAAUGCCUUAGACUACACUGAGAAGUGGCUUGAAGAAACAGUGAAGUGCCUGAGAGAAGCAGACGAGGGCGGUCGUAGUGCUGCUUCACCUGAAACUCCCUCACCUGCCCUCCUCAAUGUCCAUAAUCACGCGUACCUUCGCCUGCUCCGGUGGGACCACACUUCAGAUCCCUUCCCAGAGACAGUGUUGAUGGAUCAGGUUCGGUUCCAGGAGAUGCAGCAGGAGGUUGAGCAGCUGGUCCUGCUCUCCUCUCUCCUCCUCAUUGUCUACACUACUACUGGAGAGGCCAUUUCAGGCCUGCCAGGACUGAUGGAGACCCUGAAAAAUAUCGUCAGCGUCAUGCUUGCAGACAUGCACAUACCGUCUUUUAAUGUUCAGGAGGCCUUAGUGACCAUCGGUGAGAAACUGUGCGUUGAAUUGAUCCGCUCUUUAAACCAGCAUGGCUUCUCUCCGUUCUCUCCUGAGCGAACGAGCACUCUGAAGGGGCAAAUCUCAGCCGUCAUCCAGCCGGACAACAAAGUCCGUAGGCUGAUGGACUCUCGGGUUCAGACCUACCUCUUGGCUGCCCUGGAGUCCAGUCAGCACAAGACCCCUCCGCCUCUCCCAGGAGGCCUGGCUCCCGUCAGCAGGGAGCUAAAAGAGCUCGCUGUUCGCUUUAGUCGCCUUGUCAAUUACAACAAGCUGGUUUUCUCCCCAUUCUAUCAGAAGAUCCUCCAGCAAGUAUUGACAUCAGUGGAGAGACCCAACACAGAGACUUAAAGCCCCAGUAUGGAGUAAGAGUGGGGUGGAGUGCGCGCUGUAGUCCUGCAGGUUUCCCUCGCUAGUCACGGUUUAGUAGAGAAGAGAGAUAAGGAAGCUGAUCUGUCAUCAGUAAGGAAAGCUAGCUCUGCAGAAAAUGCACCUUAAACUUACUUCAUCGAGAAAAAAAAAACCCACUGCAGUUUCAUUUACUCACAGUGUUAUUUAUUUCCUGAAAUAUCAGACCUCAUAAUUGUGAACACUCCAAUAGCCAUCUUUGCAUAAACUUGUGUCUAACAGCUGGGCUCGAUACCUGUGUUAUUUAGUCCGUACCUGAUAACUGAACAGUGCUUGUUACGGUUACUCAACCUGAGUAAAAGCGUGCUUCUUCCCACAAACAUUAUGUAGCUGUAAACAUUUUAAAACUUUAAAUAAAAAACAGACAAACCCUAAAACAUCUAAUUAGAAAUCAA